AUGUUCAUAUGCUUUUUAACUGUGCUACAGGCAUCUACGGCAGGUGUCGGGUCAACUUUGGUGUCAUCGCUGUCUUAUGGUCGGUAUCCAGUGUGCCAGUGGGGAGAAUUGUCCGAGGUGGUUCGAGGAAUCAUAAGCACUCGCGUGCUUCAGGCUCCACUUCCACUUCAUGUCCUUCUAACUUGGGGCGAUGAACGACCUUGGCGGCGUCUUCAGUUAGCCGACUCAAAUUGCACCACAAAAACAAGAGGCCUCGUGGAAGCCAUUCCUGUGGAAGUGUGGUUUAUGCGUGGCCCAGUUUACUGUAGGUUCGUGUUUGCUUAUUUCCUCACUUUCCAUCAAACACUCCUAGUGGAGCAGAGUUCGGUAGAGCUUAUUGCCGCGCAUCUGCGGCUGCAUGCGGAGUUGCGUUGCUGCGACAAGUGCUCCACCGUCCUCCCCAAUAGUCCGCUUGCUGUUGACGCUCCUGACGCCCAGCAACACCGAUGCUCCAGUCUGGUCGUCUCACGCAGUUCAGAAGUAAUUUUAACCUUUUGGGAGAAGGCACUGGGAACUACGACGUCUGGGUACUAUGCCGUUAACUACAUUCGCUAUACCUUCUAUGUGUUUUAUCCUAGAUUGUUCUCGUGCACCUCAAACCCUCACAGUGUUUCCCUCCAAUUCUCCUGUUCGUCUAUGCACCUCUGCGACGAGUGGACCGAGCCCAUCAUGGAAACGAUUCUGUGGGGCAAGUUUGUUCCUUAUGCAGAGCAUUAAAUUAAUAUACUUCGUGACACUGUAUUAGCUUCCGCCACUUUAAACCACUUGCAAACUGACUUACAUUUACCUCUUUACCUUCAGUCUUGUAGUUUGGGGUUCAACAGUGCUGCUCAGUACCAGCAGCACUUGAAAAACGUUCACAACAAGUACAGAUUUGUUUGUCCCGAGUGUCGUAAGUCGUCCAAAUUAAUUAUCUUGCGUCCCACAUUUAUCCGAGUAGAGAUCUGCCUUUAUACUCCCGUACCAUUAAGCAGUACCACUAGCACGUGUUUGUCUUUGGUUGCUGGCAGCUUCAACUUAGACCGACACAUUCGCCUGGUGCACCAGACAAUGGGGCGCUGGCCUCAAGAAGAAAGUACCCCGGCGGUGGGUAGUGGUUGCAUUGUAGUGACGAGCAGUGAAGACAACAACGGUAUGGUGCCAGAGAGGGAACAGGGCAGCGGUACUGGCCCCGAUCAUGGCUACCUCCUCUGCAUGGCACCACUGUCGCCACCAUUGCAGCACCGACGAUGCCCCAAUGAAGCCAGUACCCAUGGUUCCACUUCUCUUGUCGUUGCCGACGUCAGUGUCGAAUCUCCUCGCCGAUCUAAGAAGCCUUCCAACACCGACACAAAUGCCAGUGUGACUCACAAGCACCAGAAAUAUGAGUAG